AUGCCUGUAAUGCGCAUGACAGCAGUCGACAGAUGGAAGAGAGACAAUUUGAAGAGAAGCCCCAAACAAUCAAAUCAUCCCGAUUUCAUUUUAUGGAAACUUUUUCCCUCACAUUUUUUUCGCCUUCAGUAUAUUAAAAGUCCUGACUGUGGCAACGCGAAAAAUCAAGACACAGCAGCAGCAGCAGCAGCAAAAGAAACAAAUUUUCUAUUUUGUGUGUUAUAUUAA